GGGACGGGGCGGGGCAGCUCGGAGUGCGCUUGCGCACUGCCUGCUCUCGCCCGACGAGCCGCAGUCUCGAGAGCGCCAAGGCGGUGUUUCGGUAGUCUCUGGCAGACCUCUCCCGCGAACCCGGCGCCGUUGGACUGCGCCCAGGGCGGGGACCUCCGCCGGGCACAGGAGGGAGCCACGAUGCCGAUCAAUAAAUCAGAGAAGCCUGAAAGCUGUGAUAAUGUGAAGGUGGUUGUUAGGUGCCGGCCCCUCAACGAGAGAGAGAAAUCAAUGUGCUAUAAACAGGCUGUCAGUGUGGAUGAGAUGAGGGGAACUAUUACUGUACAUAAGACUGAUUCUUCCAACGAACCUCCAAAGACAUUUACUUUUGAUACUGUUUUUGGACCAGAGAGUAAACAACUUGAUGUUUAUAACUUAACUGCAAGACCUAUUAUUGAUUCUGUUCUUGAAGGCUACAAUGGAACUAUUUUUGCAUAUGGACAAACUGGAACAGGCAAAACUUUUACCAUGGAAGGUGUUCGAGCCGUUCCUGAACUUAGAGGAAUCAUUCCAAAUUCAUUUGCUCACAUAUUUGGUCAUAUUGCAAAAGCAGAGGGUGAUACAAGAUUUUUGGUUCGAGUGUCUUAUUUGGAAAUAUAUAAUGAAGAAGUCCGUGACCUUUUGGGCAAGGAUCAGACACAGAGGUUAGAGGUUAAAGAAAGACCUGAUGUGGGAGUUUACAUCAAAGAUUUAUCAGCUUACGUGGUAAAUAAUGCUGAUGAUAUGGAUAGAAUUAUGACACUAGGCCACAAAAAUCGUUCUGUUGGUGCAACUAAUAUGAAUGAACAUAGUUCCCGUUCCCAUGCCAUCUUUACAAUUACUAUAGAAUGCAGUGAAAAAGGCGUUGAUGGUAACAUGCAUGUCAGAAUGGGGAAGCUCCAUCUUGUAGAUCUUGCUGGUUCAGAAAGACAAGCAAAAACUGGAGCUACUGGACAGCGUCUAAAGGAAGCCACAAAAAUCAAUCUUUCGCUUUCCACCCUUGGUAAUGUAAUUUCUGCCUUGGUUGACGGAAAAAGCACUCAUGUUCCUUAUCGCAACUCUAAAUUGACUCGUCUUCUUCAGGAUUCCUUAGGAGGAAAUUCAAAAACCAUGAUGUGUGCAAAUAUUGGGCCAGCAGAUUACAAUUAUGAUGAAACUAUCAGUACAUUACGGUAUGCUAACCGUGCUAAGAAUAUUAAAAAUAAAGCUAGAAUUAAUGAAGACCCAAAGGAUGCUUUGCUUCGCCAGUUUCAGAAAGAAAUAGAGGAACUGAAAAAAAAGCUUGAAGAAGGGGAAGAGAUAUCAGGCUCCGAUAUCAGUGGAUCGGAGGAGGAGGAGGAUGAAGAGGGCGAGGUUGGAGAAGAUGGAGAGAAAAGGAAAAAAAGAAGGGGCAGUAGCAGCGGCAGUAGCUCAGACUCUACAUGCUCUGUCAUAGAGAAGCCUCUGGAUAAGUCCUUGCCCAAUCAAGCAGGCAAAAAGAAAGUAUCCCCAGAUAAGAUGGUUGAAAUGCAAGCAAAAAUUGAUGAGGAGAGAAAAGCGCUUGAAACAAAGCUUGAUAUGGAAGAAGAAGAAAGAAACAAGGCUAGAGCUGAAUUAGAGAAACGGGAGAAAGAUCUUCUUAAGGCCCAACAAGAACAUCAGUCUUUGCUAGAGAAAUUAUCUGCACUGGAGAAGAAGGUAAUUGUGGGUGGUGUUGAUUUGUUGGCAAAAGCUGAGGAACAAGAGAAACUUCUUGAAGAAUCUAAUAUGGAACUGGAAGAACGGAGGAAAAGAGCAGAGCAACUUCGCAGAGAACUUGAAGAAAAAGAGCAAGAACGCUUGGAUAUUGAAGAAAAAUAUACCAGCUUGCAAGAGGAAGCACAAGGAAAAACCAAGAAAUUGAAGAAAGUUUGGACUAUGCUGAUGGCUGCCAAAUCAGAGAUGGCUGAUCUCCAACAGGAGCACCAGAGGGAAAUUGAAGGCCUACUGGAGAAUAUUCGACAGCUUAGCCGGGAGCUCCGGCUUCAGAUGCUUAUCAUUGAUAACUUCAUACCUCAAGAUUAUCAGGAAAUGAUUGAAAACUAUGUCCAUUGGAAUGAAGACAUAGGAGAAUGGCAGCUAAAAUGUGUUGCCUACACAGGAAAUAACAUGAGGAAGCAGACUCCAGCUCCUGAUAAAAAAGAGAAAGAUCCCUUUGAAGUGGACCUUUCCCACGUGUAUCUUGCCUACACUGAGGAGAGCCUCCGGCAGUCCUUGAUGAAAUUAGAGAGGCCACGGACUUCGAAGGGGAAAGCAAGGCCUAAGACAGGGCGAAGAAAGCGUUCUGCAAAGCCUGAAACUGUACUUGACUCUUUACUUCAGUAAAUGUUACAGACUUAAAGUCACAAUAAAAAUUAGUGAUAUUCUCAUGCCUGGACAAAAUCUUUACUUAAAACACUGAAGACUAUUCUGUAAUUUCAAAUAAUGGAAGCUGUAAGUUGU